GCUCCCCCAGAGCCAGAGUGCCCAGACCCUCCAGCUGCCUCCAAUGCCCAACGGCUCUGCCCAGGGAGGGCCAGUUUCCCCAGGCUCCCAGUGACUGCCUGGUUCUGGUGAUGGCGGCUGAAUCCUCACCCUGUGCGUGGACCCUGCCUGGGCGGGGUCAGGGUGGGUCCUGCGAUGGCCUGUUGCCCUGUCACCCCAUCCCGUCUUCAUCCCCACCCCCAUGUUCUCUCCUCUGGGCUCCAGGAGGCUGGUACCAGGGAGACAGGCCCCACCCACCCCCAUUUGCACUGAGAAAAGAAAUGAUGGAGUUUUGUGUCCUAGAAUAAAGAUAUAGAGUCUGGUAGAGAGACAGGUGAGAGAGAGACAGAGAGAGGCUUAUAUUAUAUAUUAUAUGUGUGUUGAGGGAGGAGGGGUAGGAGAAGAGCAAGAAGGAAGCCAGGCCCUGGGGCAGCGGGAGGGAGGGGGGUGGGCCUUCACCCCAUCCCAGCAGGGCUGCGUUGGGGUCCCCUAGAUGCUGCCCACCCUCCCCUCCUGCCAUGCCCACACCCACACUUGGCCUUUCAGCUCAUGUCUACCUGGAGGGCCGAGUGGGGCCGUGCCUUUGCCCAGCCCCACAUCCGGACCCUGCACUUUCCCUGGGGCUGGGAGUUAGAGGACUCUCCGCCUGGCCCAGUGGUUCUGGGGCUGGGGUCCCCAUCUGAGGGCGCCUCACUGGUGACAUUCCCAUGAGGCCCUGAUACACUCAUGAGACCCCUGCGCCUCCCACACACCCUGUGGCAAGGGGUUAGGGGGUCCGGCUGGGGUCCCCUCCAGUGCCUGAGGUCUAGGGUCCAGCCAGCUGCCAAGUGCCCUUGUCCCAGCUCCUCCUCGGGCUGGUGAGUGCACGCCCUGCGAGCUUCUGUUUCAUAUUGCAGAUAUAAUAAACAAAGGAGGACAGUUUAGCUCCUGCUGCUCAGACCUUGAGUUCUGGGGUGUGGGGUGAGGCGCCUGAGUAUGGCCCGGCCUCGCCUGGGACCUGGUCACGAGAGCCGUCGCCACGGGUCCCUAGUCGCCCCAGCCCCUGUGUCUGCCAUGUCUACCAUUCAAUCCUCAUUUGCCUGGCCAUGGAGGGGACCUUGCAGAAGCCACAUGUCCCAACCCCUCUCCUCUGGUGGAGCAGAGAGUGAUGGGAGCCAUUGGUGCCCACACACAGGCCACUGUGGGGGUCACAGGCUGACAUGGACGCCCGGAAAGAGGGGCUGCCCCGAAAUCCUCAAUUCUCAGCCCAACAGCCACACCUGGGCAGCCUGAGCCCCUUCUUUCUCACCUGCGUCGCCUACUUCCUGCUCUGGAUCCCUGAGGACCCGCCGUCCUGGGUGGGCGCUCUGGUCAAGUGCCUGCCUGUGCUAUGCCUGGUGGGGCUCCUUCGGGCGCACUCUGGCUCUGGCAGGGCCUACAGCUCUCUACUGCAGGGGGCCCUGCUCUUCUCCGCGCUUGGGGACGUCUUCCUCAUCUGGCCCCAGGCCUUUCUCUAUGGCGUCCUUGCCUUCGGCAUGGCCCAGCUGCUCUACUUCUGGGCCUUCGGGCUCAGACCCCUGCGGCCAGGCCUCCUGCUGCCCAUCAUCCUGGCCUCCCUCCCGUUCUACGGCCUCCUGCUGCUGCACCUCCCACCUGACAUGGUCCUGCCGCUGACAGCCUACGCCCUGAUCUUGUCUGCCAUGCUGUGGCGCGGCCUGGCCCGGGGCGGGAGCGCCAGCUGGGGUGCCCUGCUCUUUGCCACCUCUGAUUCCGUGCUGUCCUGGGAUACCUUCAUCCAGCCCCUGGCCCACGGCCGCCUGCUGGUCAUGGCCACCUACUAUGGCGCCCAGUUCCUCAUCACCCUGUCAGCCUUCCAGAGCCCCAGGCUCAAGACCAACUGACCGGGGGCCCCAACAGGCCAGCGUCCAUCAGCUCCCCUCCUGCAAGGACCUAGACCUUCCAGAUGGGGAACCACCCUUGGGGGCUGGAACCAGGCUCCCAGACUCCCGUCUGCAAGCCUCUGUCCACCUAGAGACGUGUGCAGAUUUAUGAGUCCACUGCCCCACCUUCCCUCGGUUCUGAUCCCGUGUCGCCGGCCCCCUUCCCACUGGCCCUAAUCAGUCCCUUUGUUACCUGAGUAAAGGGGGCAAGGAAACAAAUAAAUAGGCGUCUCCUUUGUUUGGGGAGGGGCAUGGGGCAUUCUUUCUUUCUUACAAUGAAAUUUAUCAUUUUUAAGUGUACGAUUUGGUGGCACUGAUUACAUUCCCAGUGGUGUGCACGGGCUUUUUUGUUCUCGUGGGAAGGACACUGACCGUGAGAUUCGCCCUUGGGCCAUGUUAUCAUAUAGAGUGUGAUGCAGUCUUGUUGGCUGUAAGCACAGGGAACUUGCCGGGGCCCAGGGUAUGUGGGAUGUGGCCUGCCCCCUCCCGGGGCCUUUGAUGGCCGAGGGAUUCAUGUGCCCAUCCUUGGGAUGAUUUUACAGAUCUGAGGCCAGGAGGAGACUGGCCCCUGUGUUUCUGUGGCUGUUGUCACAAAUCACCACACACUGGGUGGCUUAAGACACCAGAGGUUAGUUUUCCACAGUCCUGGGGCCAGAUGUCCAAAGGCCAGGUGUUGGCAGGGCCACACUCCCUCCCAGGCUUUGGGGAG